CUGUUUGAUGACAAGCAGACAACGAGAAGAGACCUGAGGGUGCCCGCAAGAUGGCGGUCAGUCAGUGCAGAUAUUUAUUUUAGUAGCUGAAGGAAUUAUUGGAUUUCCUCACCCAAACGAGUCGUAAAACAACAUUGAAUAAAACGUUGCGGAUAAUGUGCAGAACGACACAAUUUCAUGUGUACAACAUCCAAAGACCUACAUCACUAUCCUGAGAGCUUUGCCGUUUCUAAAAGGACGUAUUGCGUGUUUUUGGAGCAUUUCUUUGUUUUUUGUGGGGCCCUCCAUACUGCUGAACAAGGAUGAGGCAGCGAUUUGCUGGUUGGGGCCGACUCUGAUUAAGUCUGAGGCCGGUAACAUCAACAGUCAGGACAAACCCAGCCUGCCUGUCUCCUUCCACACUGAGUCCAAACCUACAGUCACUGGGUCCUUAUUGUGACAGUGGAGCCCAGUUUGCACUGCAGGAUCCAGAGAUGGCAUCAGUGAAGCUGGAAGACUGCAGUCAAACACUAGAGCUGAGUGUCAACAUUAAAGAUGAAGAAGAGGAGGAGAAGAUUGGGAAAUCUGUUAAUCAUGGAGAUCAUGUUGAGACAUUCUCUACAUCCAGAGAGACACAGCAGGAAGAUGACAGAACGAAGAGGUCUCACCACUGCCCACAUUGUGGGGAGAUUUUCCCAAUUCUAUCAAAACUAGAAAUGCACCUAAAAAUACACACAGGAGAUAAUCUGUAUUCCUGUACUGACUGUGGAAAAAGCUUCAAAACAUCAAGGUCUCUGACAGUUCAUCAGAGAACACACACAGGAGAGACGCCUUACUCCUGCUCCGAAUGUGGAAAAAGUUUCUCUCAACAGAGCAAUUUAAAAACACACCAACGUAUACAUAAAGGAGAGAAGCCUUACUCCUGCUCUGACUGUGGGGUCAGUUUCUCCGGAUUGGAUACCUUAAAAACACACAAACGUAUACAUACAGGAGAGAAGCCAUAUUCAUGCUCUGACUGCGGGAAGACAUUUUCUCAACUGGUCCAUUUAAAUGCACACCAACGUAUACAUACAGGAGAGAAGCCUUACUCCUGCUCUGACUGUGGAAAGAGUUUCUCUCAACAGAGCAGCUUAAAAUCACACUACCGUAUACAUACAGGAGAGAAGCCUUACUCCUGCUCUGACUGUGGGAAGUGCUUCACAACAUCAUCUGCAAUAAAUGUUCAUCAGAGAACACACACAGGAGAGAAGCCUUACUUCUGCUCAGACUGUGGAAGGAGUUUUUCCCGAUUGAAUACCUUAAACUGUCACCAGCUAAUACAUACAGGACAGAAGCCUUACUUCUGCUCUGACUGUGGGAAGAAUUUCUCUCUACAGAGCAGCUUAAAAUCACACCAACCUAUACAUACAGGAGAGAAGCCUUACUCUUGCUCUGACUGUGGAAAGAGUUUCUCUCGCCAGGGCAGCUUAAAAUCACACCAACGGAUACACACGAGAGAAGCCUUAUUCCUGUGCUGACUGCAGGAAAUGCUUCAAAACAUUAGCUGAGCUGAAAGUUCACCAGAUAACACACACAGGAGAGAAGCCUUACUCCUACUAUGACUGUGGAAAGAGUUUCUCUUGACAGGGCAACUUAAAAUCACACCAAUGGAUACACACAAGAGAGAAGCCUUUUUCAGAAUAAAACUUUACAUUUUGGGUGGAUUGACAAUGGACCCUAGUUUUAAACUAUCCUCCUUUUUAAAUGAAGUCAUACAGAGUUGGCUACAAUGUCAUCCUCCAGAAAAGGCAGAUCUAAUAUUACAGCAAAUAAUAUGGCUAAACUCCAAUGUACUGAUAGAUUUUUAAAAACUAUUUUCUUGUAAGAAAUGUGUAUAAUAUGUUUGAAGGACAUUGUAAACAAGAACAGUCAAAUGAUGUCACACAACUAACAACAGCGUAUGGAGGUGUAUACACAAUACAAAUUGGAAGAGUCAAUUACUUAAGAAAUUAAACAAUUUGUCUAGUUUUCUCCCAUUUAAAAAUCAGAAAUGGCUAAAAAUUAUUAGUAUAAAUUGAAAAAUGUAUCAGUUUCACUUAGUCAAAAUGUUUGACAGCAAUACGGUAUAAAAUGCAAGCAAUUUGGAAACAGGUUUUUGAGGUCCCAAUACUUUGGCAUCGGGUCUAUGAACUUAAACUAUUGACACUGCAGUCCCAUUCGCUUCGAUAUAAGCUAUUAUACAACAUACUUGUUACAAAAAGAAUGCUCAAUAUAUGGGGCAUAGAACAGUCAGCCCUGUGCAGACUCUGCCACGAGGAAACAGAAUCAAUAGAACAGUCAGCCCUGUGCAGACUCUGCCACGAGGAAACAGAAUCAAUAGAACAGUCAGCCCUGUGCAGACUCUGCCACGAGGAAACAGAAUCAAUAGAACA